UCCUGCGGCUGCCUGAGAGCGGAGCGACACGGCAGCCUGAGUUAAAGACGCGGCUUUACCGGGACUCAGAAACACACGGGGGGAGAGGAGAGGGGAAAAAGAUCAUCCCGAAGAGGCAGCUCGGCACUCAAGGAUGGCUUCGGGGGAGCUCUACGAGGUACUGUGUAGUCCUGAUGAUCAGAUCUGGGUGGAACGGAUCGUGGACAAGCGGAAGAACAAAAAGGGCAAGUGGGAAUAUCUAAUCCGAUGGAAAGGCUACGGGAGCAAAGAGGACACGUGGGAACCUGAGCACCACCUCUUGCACUGUGAAGAGUUCAUCGAUCAGUUCAACAACCUCCGUCUGCAAGACAGGCGCUCCAAACCAGCCAAAACCAGCACACAUGCCAGGGGCCGGGACGGCUCCAGACCCCACGGGGAAACGCGGAAAAAGAAAAGGACUAGCGGGGGAGGAGCUCCGGGACCAGGUGUCCCACAUAAACCGAGGAAAAUGAGUGGAGGGAAAGCGCCAGGGGACAGAAUGAGCAAACCUGUGACUUAUAAGCGAGUGGAUGCGGGACUUCAGUUUGUGCCUCCCAUCAGACGCCAUACGAAUGGACUUCAGAACGGAGACACGGACCCGCUGCAUUAUAGGACUACUUCCAGGACACAGGGUGUCCCGAGCAGCCGGGUGGAGAGGAUGAUGGGUGAGAUGGAGAUGAGCGGAGCUGCAGCACCGCCACCGCUCAGAGAUGAAUUGGGUUCACCGCUCCUAAAUGGAGAUGCGCAUUUACACAGCUCAGCCAAGCGGAAACUGGCCGAAGACAAAGGCUACAUUUUCGACAAGAGGCUGAGGUACAAUGUCCGGCAGAGCGAGACGAAUUACAGAUUCAGGGACAUCGUCGUGAGGAAGGAAGAAGGAUUCACACACGUCCUGCUGUCCAGCCAGACGUCGGAUAACAACGCACUGACGCCAGAGAUCAUGAAGGAGGUGUGUCGAGCUCUGGGUACAGCGGCGGUGGACGACAGUAAGCUGCUGUUGCUCAGCGCGGUGGGCAGCAUCUUCUGCAGCGGCCUGGACGCCUCGUACCUGAUCGGCCGCCUCUCCACCGACCGCAGGAAAGAGAGCAGCAGGAUCGCCGAGGCUGUGAGGGAUUUUGUAAAAGCUUUCAUCCACUUUAAGAAGCCCAUCGUUGUGGCCAUCAACGGUCCCGCUCUGGGUUUGGGCGCCUCCAUCCUUCCUCUGUGUGACAUCGUGUGGGCCAGCGAGCGGGCCUGGUUCCAAACCCCGUGUGCCGCGCUACGCCUAACGCCCUGCGGCUGCUCCUCGUACACCUUCCCUCAGAUCCUGGGUGUGGCUCUGGCCAACGAGAUGCUGUUCUGUGGGAGGAAGCUGACGGCGCAGGAGGCGUGUAGCCGAGGUCUGGUCUCGCAAGUCUUCUGGCCGACGACCUUUAACCAGGAAGUCCUGCUGCGGGUGAAGGAGAUGGCGGCCUGCAGCGCUCUGGUCCUGGAGGAGUCUAAGUGCAUGGUGCGCGGCAUCCUGAAGUCCAUGCUAGAGGAGGUGAACGAGAAGGAGUGCCAGAUGCUGAAACAGCUGUGGUGCUCCACCAAGGGCCUGGAGGCUCUCUUCUCCUACUUACAGCAUAAAGGUUACAACGCCUAAAUGUCUCACACGGCCAGCGUGACCGCCGCCGCCCCCCAGUCGCCCCCACCCAGAGCAGACCAUGAUGUCAUGUACUUUAAACAAAAUGAAUAUAAGCCAAGAAGUCAUGUUUAUUAUUAUUAUUAUUAUUAUUAUUAUUAUUAUAUAUUAUUAUAUUCUGAUUCUAAUUAUUUAUAAUCCCGACUCUGUAUGAGGGUUCUUUUCGAGGACACUUCCAGACCAGCAUUCGAAACACUGCUAAUUCUUAUGACUUAUUGAAAUGCCUUUAAUGUUGUGGUUCUUUAUUUAUUUAAAAGAAAAUAGAAAAAAAGCCAUUUUGCAUACAAGUGCAAACAAAUAAUUCAAUAAUCCUGUGUAGAUGUACAGUGUAGAUAAGUGUGGUUGUUUAAUUUAUUGUCACUCUCAUGUCUAAUGGGGUGAAGUUCAUACCAAAGGUCCUUGGGGAAAUUAUGCUAAUUAUUAUAAUAAUUAUUAUUAUUAGAUUUUCUUUUCCUUUUCUUAAACCUUAAACACGUUCUUGUCAUACACCAUCGUGGUUGUGAUGGCGACAGUGCAAUAGUGACGGGUUUGUCGUGAAGUGUCGAUGGAAUGCCAUCCCUCCUGUUUUUUUUUUUCUUUUUUCUUUUGUCCUUUUGUUAAACGUCAAUUACCGUCUCUGUCGUCGGUUCUGAAUGUGAUGAUCGACUCUCUUCAUGUUUGAUUAGAGGGAUGAAAAAAUUCUUUUUAGAGCAGUAGGUGCUCUAAAGAAAAUACACCCCCCCCUACACACACACACACACACACACACACAC